AAGAGGAGGAGCUGGUGUUACAUUUCCCUAAAGCUGCACUAGAACUAGUUAAGUUUGGUGUUAGUGGUGAACACUGGCACAGACAGUCCACAGAGCAGCAUCAGGAUGGAAGGGAUCUUCAUUGGUGUCUUGUGUCUCUCAGGGUGCCUCACCUUCUCCACAUGCCUCCUCCAUCAGUACCACUUUGUGUCUGAUAAAAUGAAUUGGACUGAAGCUCAGAGCUACUGCAGAGAGACGUACACAGACCUGGCCACUAUUGAAAACACUGAAGAAAUGAAGAAACUUAACGACACAGUUUCCGCCGCUGGUAACAGCUCUAAGGUUUGGAUUGGCCUGUACAGUCAUAUUGACUGGAAGUGGUCAGAUGGGUUCAACCAGAGUGGAGCUGAAUAUAGGAACUGGAAGUCUCCUGACCCAAACUAUAUAGCAGCCAAUGAGCUCUGUGUGUUGCAGGGUUCAAACUAUGGAAGAUGGUAUGAUUAUGACUGCCAUAGUAAGAUUCCAUUUGUCUGCUACAAUGGAACAUUAGAGGAUUCUGACUUUGUGCUGGUGAAUACAUCAAAGAAUUGGACUGAGGCUCAGAGGCACUGCAGAGAACACUACACAGAUCUGGUCACUGUGAGGAACAACGCUGACAGAGACAAGAUACGGAAGUUGAUAACAUCUCUCAAAAUGGCAUCGAUCGGUUUGUACAGAGAUCCUCAGAUUUACUGGUCCGACGGGAGUAACUACUCAUUCAGCUCCUGGUAUCAGGGCUGUGUCCGGAAGUCCUGCACCGCACACCGCACGGUGAGCUCGACGGUGGCUGCUCAGUGGUCCGGAGGAGCUCCAGCAGCACUCAGCUCCAGCAGCACUCAGCCCAGCAGCUUCUCAGCCCAGCAGCUCUGCCCUGUCGGUGCGGACAUGAGAGGAGGUCGGCUGUGUUAG